AUGGAUUCCGUUGGCGCUCAGCCAAGUCAGCCAAGCGGCAACCAAAGCGGUUCAUCAAGUAAUCGAGGAAAGAUUACCAAUAUCUUACACCCAUUAAGGAAACAAAAUCAAACGAAAGAUUUAGGUCACCUUUCGCAAGAACAAUAUGUUGCCGCUGGUCGGAUCGCUUCGCCUGGCCCUCCGCAAUUAGAGUUAAGUGGCUCACCAAGAAGUCCACUUUUAUCUUAUUCCCCGCCUCCAAUUUAUCAUCAAAGCGGCGGCGGAAGCGGAAUGGGAAAAAGUUCAUAUUUUUCACCGCAUUCGUAUUAUUCAAAUAUGAGCGGACAAAAUCCAUUAUUAGCACAACAGCAACAACAACAACACCAGCCUCCGCCAAUGCAAUCUGGAACGAGACGUUCGAAAGAACAUUCUUUAGGGAAAGGUUGGGAUCCAUCUUCUUUAUCACGUAGAAGAAGUCGAUCGGAAGAUAAUGAAAACGCUCAACAAUUGCCAGAUUCAGAUUAUAUUCCAUACCAUGGCCCAAUAUCGCCACCGGCAGAAAAUCCACCUUUUGCCAGGCCUACCGGUCUUGUGGGUUAUUCUCAACCUUUUUCGCAACCGCAAUCAUCUAUGACGCGAGCGGGUGGAAGUGAAGCUACAUCAUCAUCUUUGAUCGGUUUGGGAUUGAGCGAGACAAAUCAAAACAUGUCACGGUAUUCGCCUUCAUAUACGACAAUGUCUCAACGAUCACAGCAAGCAGGUGGAUCAUCAAUGCAAACUGGCCGGGCAACAUCUUCAUCGAUGCAAAGAGGUGGCAGUGGCGGUAAAAGAGGUGGAGCGAUGAUGGGAACAGGUUUGCCUUCUUCUUAUACACACGGAGGAAAUGCGCCUGUGGAAGCUUAUGUACCUCGAUCUGGAGCACUCAAAGAUUCUCUGCCAUCAUCAAUGCGAUUUGAUACAGGGCAAAGUCCGUCUAUGAUCACUUCUUCUGGCACUUGGCCUUUCCGUCGCGAUCCAUUCUAUCCUGGACAGUCACAAGCAGGACCAAGUACACAGCAGCGAACGGCUGCGUUCCCAACAUCUUCUGCACAAUCGAGAGAUAUGAAGGCGAAAGGAUCAAGUAGUACGAUGAACAGCACUAGAAGGACUGGAGUCGGUGCUAAUAGUGCUUCAAGCAGUCCAUUGAUCGCGAAUAUUUCUAUGCAUCGUCAAGACAGCUCAGUAGGCUCUUCCUCUGAAGGUCAUACCGGCUCUUUUGCUACGACGCCUUAUCCUGCACCCACAAAAGGACAUGGUAGUGCAUCUACAAGUUUGACAAGCUUACGAGAUGGAUCAGUGAGCUUGAAAGCGAGUGGAUCUGGAGCACGCGGAACAUCGUUCGAUCAGAAGAGUUUGCCACGCACUUCUAUGCAACAACAGAGGAUACAACACCGAAAAGUAGAUUCACGGUCAACGAUCAACUCGCAAGCCACAAGACCUUCAAUCAGUGAUCGUGAAGCUGAAACAUCAAUCAAAGACGCAAAAGGAAAGUCCACAACUGUUUCGCGAAGUGUUGGUGGACCUGAAUCAGUGCGAUCUGUCCCGUCAUCCGAUGGUUUCGGUUCUGCUUCGGAUGCAUCCAUGCUUUCAGAAAGGGUAAACUUACAACCGGGUGAGCUAGUAACUUCUCGAUUUAUCCAAACGCUUUCCCCUGUCGCUGCAUCAUCAUCUGGCGGAACUGGACAAUUAUCGCAAAGUGAACGAUUUGAACCGGCUUCUGCUUCUAUCAGUCAAACUUGGUCAGAAGCUCUUUCUCCUUCUGCUCAACCAAGAACUCCAUUCACAUCCUCAUCUCCAAGUCGAGUUGUGGAGGAACAGCCCCAACCAGAGCAAGUUGCACAACCUGCAAUCACAGAAGAGACUCACACUGCAACUGGAACAGAAAAUUUCCGAAGGGAUGCAGCAGCGGAAGCACAUAGAAGGUUCACUUUACUACAACAGUUGCAUUUGGACGAAUUGACAUCGCAUGCACCGGAAGCAGGAGGAUGGCUUGAACCGAAGAAUGGAUGUGAACGUGUUUUGAUGCCAAGACCAACGCUAAGAGGUGGAAUGAGUAGCUUGGACAGAUACGACGAUGAAGCAGGUGACGGAUAUCACAGCGAAGGCGGACAAGCUUUACGGCGUUCAACUCGGGCUGCACAGCGAUCUGCAGCAUUUGAACGGAAUCGAAGGAUGCCUGCUGCUUAUCCACGCAAUAGUGAACACGAUGCCGGCCGGACACAAGCUUUACUUGCACAAAAUCAAGCCGAUACGUUCGGUAGCGCAAAUGGUAGAAGUCGUCCAUUCUUUCAUCAUCGUAUGCCACCUGCUAUUCCUUCUGAUGGAAAUGACGAACAUGCAGGUCCUUCUGAUCAAAGGCCAUGGGUGAUGACGGAUGAGAUGCCUGUCAUUCCCGUUCGAACUUCAUCUCGACUCGGUCAUCGGAGAAGAGCACAAAGUUCAGCCAACGCCGCCCGAGGUCCUUCUACGCCAGCUCUUACGCCCAACCUUAUGUCUGACUCUGAUGAUGAAGAUAUACCCGAUUCGUCAAUGGUCCUUGCCCAAGGAAGAGCAUUAGAACAAGAAAGAGAAAAGUGGCGAGAGCAGCACCGCAAGAGCUUUGGGGCUAACGAUCCAUCCUAUCGCAGAAGUCAGUCACAGCAUCGCAAAAGCAAUCGAUCUUCGGGCAAAAAACCUGCUCCAAAGGACAAAGCUGGUUUGCGACAAGCAAAGAGCACUCCCGAUCUGAGGGAGAAGUCAAAGGAAAAGGAAGCUGUCCCGCCACCAAUGCCGCACAGUCCUCCUCCUACGACUUCUUGUUUCCCACGGUCGAAGAAGCACGGAACUGAUCAACAACAAAGACUUGACUCGACACGAUCUAGAUCCAAGAGUAUGGAGGGCCUUUCGCGUUUAAGAGCGAGUGCACUUGCCGCUGCUGCAUCCUUUGCAGCACCUUGUGGUGGACAAUCAACCUCUUAUCAAAGAAGAGAAUCGGAAAAAGAUGCCGAGCGCAGAAGGUCUAAGGCAGCCUCACGUAGGGGUCGUACGUUGACAUUGUCUAGAUAUGAUGCUGAGAAACGUGCCUCGCUUCCUUCCGACGAUCGGAUAGUGUAUGAUAGGCCCUUCAUCAUCAGAAGGGAAAUGGAUGACAAGAAUACCAGUCCAGGAUUAGGUAAAGGUCCUUUGCAGGUUCGACAUCCGAGCUGGUACGUGGCAAGCACUUCUGCCAAUAGACCUAUCGAAGAAUUGCGCUUACCACCACCUCAAGCUACACGAUCUACGGUUGAUCAAUUUGGCGCUGCAAUUUCUUCGCCAAGACCCAAUCUGGGUUUGGCAAACCCACAAAAUAAAUCGCAAGAAGAUCUCGCAACUACAGGCAGGCAUGCAACAAAGAAAGGUUAUCACAGGCCAAGUAACAGUGAUCAAUUGGCUGCUUAUUUGAAUUCGGCUGCCGCAAAUCGUACGAAUGUGCAAACAGGACAAAGCCAGCCGGCUAGUUCUGCCGCCUCAUCGUCAAAAGAAAGAGAUCUACAUCAAGAACAAAGACCAGCAAGUCAAAGUGGUGAAGCUGUUGAUGAUGAGGAAAAGCGAGGAUUGAGUCUUGGCAUGAGUCGUGUGCUUGGUAGCGCCAUUGAUCCAGAUCAAGCAACAAAUUUGCGGCCUACGCCUGACUCGGAGAUUUUGAUGAGAAGCAGACCUCAUGAAUCUCUGCCCGUACCGCCAAGAAGGCAACGAACAAGUAGUACUCCUGGUCACUCUAGCAUAUCACCGUCUAUUAGUCCACAGACGGAUCAAGAUGGACAACCCUCAAACGUUGACGUGGGUGCUACUCCGAAGAUGACAAGUACAGAGGCUUCAAAGUCAGGAAAAGUCGGAAUCCCGCAUUCUCCUUUUACCAGUCUUCAAACUGGAUUUACUGCUCAAAGUGGUGCAUUCCAGACACCACCUCUUGUGCAACCUGUUGAUGAUGGUGAUUGGUUCGGAAGCCAAGGGAGUCAUUCGAGAAGCCAAGAUCGAUCGGUCGAUAGAAUACGAGCAAAUACGCUGGCAACUUCUUCUCCAUUACGGUCUACUCAGCGCGAAGCCAGACAACAGUCAACUCCUUUGCGAGGUGCUCAUGUUCCAGCUUCACUUCUUGACGAGCAAGAUUUCGAAGCGAGCAAUCUUCAGCGUAGUCAUUCAAGUUCCGGCAGAAUUUCAUCUGAUGAUACAGCUUCUCAACAUUCGCGUGAGAUGUUGUGGAAUACGGACGAGCAUGGAGAUGAAGCAUUCAAUUCACUCUUUUUCCGCAAACCUUCUCAAAGCCUAUCGCGGGACCUGUCAGGUUUGACUUCCAUCUAUUCAAACACUUCUACAACACCCGUUCCCGACCGCAGAUUGUCAAACGUCAAUUUGCCCAAUCAAUCAUCUUCUACAAAUCGCACAGCUGAAAACCUCUUUGAUGAAGAGUCACCCAAUCAAGAAGAGAUGGAACGUGGACAAAGAGAGUAUCAAGGUGAAGAAGUAGGUGAUGUGACGCAAACAUCAAUCGCACAUGAUAGCUCAACACAUCCUGCAGAUACAACGAUUGAACGAAUGAUGGGUAAUCUUUUACGUUUCCAAUCUCAAAGUCGUGCAAGCAUGGAUCGUUCUACUCGCUUAGGACGUGAUUCUGCUUUGGAUGAUACGGAAUCAGCAUGGAACGAGAGCAGUAUCGGAGAUCAUUAUGCUCCUCCGCAAGGUUCAAUCAAUAUUGGAGGUAUUCGUGCUGCUGAAAAUCCUGCACAAUCUUCAAGUCCAUCUGCACCUGUCUCAAGAAUUGAUCAAAUUUUGAGCAUGCGCCUAGGCAGGGUACAUGGAGGAAAACAACCUCAAAUUCAAGGUACGCAAUAUGAUGACCCAGGUAGUAGUAGGCCUAACACAAGACUACGUGAUCGUGCCGAUACUGGUCUUAGCGAUGUGAAUGACGAAGGAGAAGAAGAGGAGGUUGAGGACUCAAUGAUGGAAGAUGAUCGAAGCUCUUCUCAAAUGACCCAUGAGAUUAUGCCCAGAGAAACGCAAAGACCAAGUAUUGAAUCUUUUGCUGCAAGUGUUUUGAUGUACCCUUCAAGCGAACAAAGUACUCAACCCAAUUCUCCUGAACAAGAGGUAAAAAGGCAAUUAGAAGCAGAAGAAGAAGCAAGGACUGGCUUUAUUGAUUUUGCAUCUCCAGCUGCUCCAAGACCAUUGUCAUUGGCUGAUGAAAUCGCAACUGGUAGUAUUCUACAACAGACGACAGGACCAAGCCCAUCUGGUAGUCAUCUUGCACCUCCAUCGGCCUGGCAAACGAAUGUGAGACAAUCACCCGCCAGCUCAGGAAGUGAUAGUGGCAGUGAUCAGCAUGUUCAAGGUCAAAGACUUGGCGCGAAUGCUCCGACACAAAGCAGACGUGAAAGUGAUGGUAUUAUGAACAUGGUCAGAAGUCGUGUCUGGCCAACACCACCAAACCCAUCCUCCGAAUUCCCCAGUGAUACACCUUAUUCGCCAUCCGCCGAUGAUUCUGCAAAUCAAAGAGGUUAA